AUGGGGCGACUGGCAUGGUGCGGCCUCCUGCUUCUGCACGUGGGCGGCAGCUUCGGGGUCCUCGCUGCUUUGGGGGGGGGCCAUUGGCCGCCGGCAGCGACGCCACUUGACCAGAUGCCUGAACCGGGCUUGGAGCCAGAAGCAAGGCCCUUCCUUGCGCCUGCAGGGCGGCCGGCAUUGGUCUGGUUGGCCGUUGCGUGGCCAGCGCGUGGGGGAGGCACAACACCCAGGCCCACAUGUGAGCGGUCUCCACCACGCGGCGGCGAGCAAGCACGCGUCUUCUGCCCUGUGGAUGGAUGCCCUGCUUCCAACCCCCGCACCGCUCGUGGAUGGGGGUCCCAUGCAGCCAUGCGGCCCCACUUGGACGACCAUGCCGCUGGAACCUUGCAGGGGGCGAUCCCCGCGGCUUAUUGUGCCGCCCACAGCUUGGACCACUGUCGGGUAUGUGGCCUUCUGGUUGCCGCUCGAUUUAAUGGGGCCCACCCUCGGUGCCGGCCUGCAGCCCGGGACUCUGCAGCACCUGCUGCGGCGGCAGCAGCUGCUGGCAACGGUGGUGGCCCUGAUAUGGCCGCCCUUUUUCUGGCAGACAUUCCGGUACUUCGGCACGUGCCCAAAGUCGCUCGCGCGUCGUGGGCCCAAUGCCUUGCCCGAGCUCUGGCCGCAGUAGCGCACCACAACUCGGCAGAAGCCUGGUGGGACCUGCUCAUGCUCCCGAAAGCCGUGCUUCGACCUGCACCACGUGGCGGGGCCCUACGGCGACAGCAGGCAGGGCAAUUCACUCUUCGGCGGUGUGGGCGGUGGCUGGGCGGUGAGCGUGAAGAGCUCUUGGAGGCCCAUGCCCGCCCACGCGGCCGGCGUCCAGCCCGUCGAGCUCCCGAAGACUCAGAGGAUCCAGUGGUGCGGGCCCAGCAAAGCCGCUGCUGCGCUUUGGCAGGCGAAGGGGAACUGUCCCGUGCCUGUGCAGCCCUUGUGGCGCCACCUUUACUGAACCACAAUGCCGACACUGUGACCAAGCUGCGAAGCAAGCACCCCCAGGCUGCCCCGGCACGGCCUGCUUUGGUGCCUUUAGGGCCACCAAGCACCGCUGACGUCCCGGACAUCACUGCCGAGCAGAUCCGACGAGCCAUUCAGGGCUGGAGCCGCUCCAGCGCAGCGGGUCCCACUGGCUUGCGAGGGGACCACCUCAAAGAAGCUCUGGCCACUGCCCAUGCUGAUGAGGUGCUAGUUCACCUGACCGGUGUCGUGCAGCUUCUGGUGCGGGGGGACGCGCCAGCAGACUUGGCCCAGCACCUGGCUGGGGCCACUCUGCACGCCCUCCCCAAAGGGCAGGAUGAUGUGAGGCCCAUCACCGUGGGUGAAACAUUGCGGCGGCUGGCAUCCAAGUGUUUAUGCCAGGCAAUGAGGGACUCUGCUCAGGACCUGCUCGCCCCCCUCCAAGUUGGGGUUGCAGUGCCCUUGGGCGGAGAGGCCGCCGUGCACACGGCCAGGCAGUGGAUGUACCGUCGAGGAGGACAUGCCACCGACGUCUUCUUGAAGGUGGAUUUCCACAACGCGUUCAACACAGUUGACCGGGCGGCCCUCCUUCUACAAGUUCGGCUGCACUUGCCUGGGCUGGCGCCCUGGGCGGAAUGGUGCUACAGCCGCCACAGUGACUACAGGGCAGUAGCAGCCAGCUUUGCCCGUCUGGCGGCAGCCGCCCGCCAGGUUGGGCUCCACAUCAACCUCGCCAAGAGUGAACUGAUCCCAUGUGGUGGGCCUGACUCGGCCAUCGAUCGAGGAGUCUUCCCGCCUGGUAUUGCGAUCAACCCCACCACCUGCUUCACGUUGCUGGGGGCGCCAAUUGGUGGUGUGGCUUUUUGCGAACAGCAGACUGUGGCUCAGCGCGUCGACAAGGCCCGCCCGCUCCUGGAUGUCAUCGCGGAGUUGCCGGAGCCCCAAACCGGGCUCUUGCUGCUGCGCCAUUGCGCGUCCUUUUGCAAAGUGGUGUAUGCCACCCGGGUUACCCCGUCAACUUGCCUGGGCUCUGCCAUGGAGACCUUUGACACUGCUGUGAGACAUUGCUUGGAAGCUGUGUGCACUGGGCCAUUGUCUGCAGAGGCUUGGCUUCAAGCCUCCUUGGCAACUACUGCAGGGGGGCUUGGGCUGCGCCACGCCUGCAUCCAUGCUCCGGCGGGAUAUGCUUCCAGUGUCCUUGCCACCCAGCCGCUUUGCCAGCAGUUAGAUCCCGAUUACCUUCCAAGCAGUGCAGAAGGAGCAAUCCAGGCCGUGAACCGGCUGCUUCCUGCGGGCGAUCAGAUCCCUGUCCCGGCGCCGCCUCCCCUUCGACAACGUCAGUUGUCCCAGGCUCUGGACAAGGUUCUGAUUUCUCGUUUAACCGCAGCUGGCCCUGGUCGGGAGGCCUUCCGAGCACAUUUCCAGCUGCUGCAGCAGCCCGGUGCUGGGGCGUGGUUGCAUGCGCCGCCGUCGCCUGCCCUUGGAUUGCAUGUGGCUGGGCCGCUCUUCAAGAUUAUGGUCCGCUUGCGGCUGCGGCUCCAGGUGGCUUUGGGUGACGCCCCCUGCCCUAUGUGCGACGGAGUGGCGGACAGCUACGGCGACCAUGCCAGGGUUUGCCCGUGUGGUGGCGACCGCACAAAGCGCCACCAUAGCCUGCGGACGCUGGUCGCUGCCCGAUCGCAGGCAGCUGGGUUCCACACCGAAGUCGAAAAACCUGGUCUUCUCCCACCCCGCCCAGAAGACGGAGGUGCUCCUGAAGAUGGUGGUCGUGCUGGCCCGGGGAGGCGCCCCGCGGAUGUGUGGAUUGGCAAUUGGGGGCUGCUUGGACCUGCUGCCUUGGACCUCGCCGUGACCUCAGGCAUGCGGCUGGGGUCCCUGGCCCAAACAGCCGCCAACGGCCAACAUGCUGUGGCUGAGUACGAAGUCAAAAAGUGCUCACACCAGAACACACUGGCCAGCUGCGGGGCAGAAGGCUUGCAGUUCUUGCCUAUUGUCGCUGAAGCUUGUGGCGGGGGCUGGGGCCCUAUUGCCUUGCAAACCUUCAAAGCCAUUGCCACGGCUGUGGCGGCUCGGAGCAAUGAGCCUGCCGGCGUCGAGUACGACCGCUUGCUUCAGUGCCUUUCCGUGGCUUUGCAGAGGGAGAACGCCAGGGCUGUCCUCCGAAGAGUGCCUGGCUAG